AAGCUGUGAGGUCAACUUUGUUGCUCUGAAACUUCGGAAUAUUCGUCAAAAAUUGUCCAAAUUGCCAAAACCCCUCGUGAAUCCAUGGGCUGCCCCUAGAGUGGGAGGUUUUGAGCGCAGUUCGCCCAGCCGGGGGGCCUCGCCACUCACUCUUGUGACACUUUUUUUUUUUUGUGUACUGGAAAGAAUGUGGGAGACAGUUAGCCGGCUAGCUAGUUAGCAGCUAGCUAGCCGAGGAGGUGACACGGGCGGCAAGCAGCGCGAGAGAACAAAAGAUUUUUAUUUGGAUUUUUUUUUCUGUCUGUACUGACACACAAGUCCAUGCAGAACGUGUUGUUAGCACCACAAAAUGCCCGUUUUACUUUUCCUGGUAGACACGUCCGCGUCCAUGAACCAGCGCAGCCAUCUGGGCACUACCUAUCUGGACAUAGCAAAAGGCGCUGUUGAGACUUUUAUGAAGCUCCGAGGGAGAGAUCCGGCGAGCCGAGGGGACCGGUACAUGUUGGUAAAUUAUGAAGACAUUCCGUUCGGGAUCAAGGCGGGAUGGAAAGAGAGCCACGCCACGUUCAUGACGGAGCUGAGGAACCUUCAGGCCACCGGGCUCACCAGCGUGGGCCAGUCACUGAGGACUGCCUUUGACCUGCUCAAUCUCAAUAGACUAGUGACUGGCAUUGACAACUACGGGCAGGGAAGGAACCCAUUCUUCCUUGAGCCCGCUAUCAUCAUCGCCAUUACUGACGGCAACAAGUUGACCACCAGUGGGGGAAUCCAAGACGAGCUCCAUCUUCCCCUGACAACGCCCCUGCCUGGCAGCGAGCUGACUAAGGAACCCUUCCGCUGGGACCAGCGUCUGUUCGCGUUAGUGUUGCGCAUCCCUGGCCACGCGUCGGUGGAGCCCGAGCCGGUCGGCGGCGUCCCGUCCGACGACUCGCCCAUCACGCCCAUGUGUGAAGUCACCGGAGGGCGUUCAUACAGUGUGUUUUCCCAGCGCAUGUUGAAUCAGUGUCUGGAGUCUCUGGUACAAAAGAUCCAGAGUGGAGUCGUCAUCAACUUUGAGAAGACCGGGCCGGACCCUCCCCCGCUGGACGAUGCACCACCAGAGGCAUUAAAGCCCGGCCAGCAGCCUUGGCACUGCUGCCACAAGCUCAUCUACGUCCGGCCCAAUCCCAAAACAGGCGUUCCCAUCGGACACUGGCCCGUACCUGAGGCCUUCUGGCCGGACCAGAACUCCCCCACGCUGCCCCCCCGCUCGGCCCAUCCGCACGUUCGCUUCUCCUGCUUGGACGCCGAACCCAUGGUGAUCGACAAGGUUCCCUUUGACAAGUACGAACUGGAGCCCUCGCCGCUCACCCAGUACAUCCUGGAGAGGAAGUCUCCGCACACCUGCUGGCAGGUGUUUGUAUGCAACAGUGCCAAGUACAGUGACCUGGGCCAGCCCUUUGGCUACCUGAAGGCCAGCACAGCCCUCAACUGCGUCAACCUGUUUGUCAUGCCCUACAACUACCCUGUACUUCUGCCGCUUUUGGAUGACCUCAUCAAAGUGCACAAGUUCAAGCCCACCCUCAAGUGGCGGCAGUCCUUUGAGAACUACCUGAAGACCAUGCCUCCGUACUAUAUCGGGUCACUGAGGAAGGCACUGAGGAUUAUGGGAGCUCCCAACCUUCUGGCGGACAACAUGGAAUACGGCCUGAGCUACAGUGUGGUCUCCUACCUCAAGAAACUCAGCCAGCAGACCAAAAUGGAGUACGACCGCCUGAUCGCCUCCAUUGGGAAGAAGGCGCUGCCCGAGUCCGGCGUCAAGGUACGGUGGAGGGGAGGAGGGAUCUCGCUGGCCCAGCGCAGAGACUUCAUCCAACAGCUUCAGAGUUUCUCGGGUGAUGCCCCUGCGCCUCCCCUGGAGCUCAACCCUAAAGAGUUCCAAGGCUUCCACCUAGCGCUCCUCAACAAGAGCUUGAAGCCUCAGAGCUUCCGGAACCCAUAUGACGUCCCCCGCAGUCACCUGCUGGACCAGCUCAGCCGCAUGAGGAGAAACCUUCUCAAUACCACAGUCUGCACCCUACGAGGAUACGACACAGAUCAGCUCCACAGCGUUCCCAUCGCCCAGAUGGGGAACUAUCAGGAUUUUCUGAAAGCCGCUCACCAGCCCCUCCGAGACGCAGACCCCGAGCAACCCAAGCGCCUUCACACCUUUGGCAACCCCUUCAAGCUGGAUAAGAAGGGCAUGAUGAUCGACGAGGCUGAUGAGUUUGUGACGGGCCCUCAGAACAAAGGGAAAAGGCCUGCAGACAACAAUAUGACAGGCGGCGGACCUAAGAGGAGGCGCUGCAUGUCGCCCCUGCUGCGCUUGGGUCGGGCCUACACCCCACCCAUUACCCCUCCAGCCAGCCCCCGAGCGACUUCAGAUGUGGACGAGCACGACGGAGAACCAGAACUGAUUAUCAACCACCUCAAUCAGAACCACUUCAGCAGCACAGACCCAAGCUCCGACUUAGAUGGAUUGGGUCAUGCCAAUCCCCGGGAGAACCACUCUGGCCCGCAGCAUGACCAGCACCAGGACAACGAGGAGGAGAAUGGUCAGCCGGGUGAGGAUGGCGAAGAAGGGGAGGAGGUGGGCGCCGAAGUCAUCCUGGUAGGGGAACACCCGCCCCGGUACCUUUCGCCCGCUGCUCUGAAGAAGCACAUCCACAACGAGACCACCAAAGUCAACAACGAGCUGAGGGGGCUCAUCACCAAGGAGAUCAGGAAGCCUGGCAGACACUAUGAGAAGAUCUUCUACUUCCUGAAGCAGAUCCAAGGCAACCUGGACACUCAGCUCAUCUUCCUCCAAAACAUCAUCAAAGAGGCGGCCAGGUUUAAGAAACGCGUUCUGAUCGAGCAGCUGGAGAACCUCCUGGAAGAGAUCCACAACAGAUCCAACAACAUGAACCAUGUAGACGCACUCUGACCGCCGCCUUGUCCCCCUCCUAACUGAACUUCUAACCGACCCACUAACAAAGAGGACUUGUUUUUUUGACUCACCACUCGCACACGACGUGUUGGUUUUCAGCCCGGAUGACGUGAGGACUUCCUCUGUUCUGUGGUCUAUGGUGACGACUUCCUACGACGUUUUGGGCCUUUGGAACAAAUAGGUUUCGGUUUCUGUGAAACCAAAUCGGCUGGUCGUCACCCACUGACGAUCUAGAACCUUAGGGAGCACUUGACUGGUCGUACAAUUUUUUAUUUUAUUUUAUUUUUUAUUAAGUAGCACUUUGAGGGUUUUUCAUCCUAAUUUGACUUUCCACGUACAGAAGCACUCCUUGUUGAUAGUCCCACAAAGAGAUUGACAGGACUGGCCGGCAGACAAUGGAUGAGCAAGUUGCAGACUGAUGGUCAACCAACUGGCCAUACUUCAACCCAUGUCGCUAAACGUACUCACCGUAACUGAUGUAUUGCAGGCAAAUCACUGCCGAACAACAGACGAGUCUGGAACUGGUGGUCGACCGACUGGGGACAGUCUGUUGACCAAAGAGCAACUGACGUCAGACGUGCGAUUAACAACUGUUCAACCAACGGGUGGCAGACAGUUGACAGACAUCUGACUUUUCCACCAACUGAUGGCGAAUGGUUGAACAAAGGAAACUGGGACGAGUCACAGAUGUUGGUCAACCAACGGGUGACAGAUGGUUGACCAAAAGGCGACUGACGUCAGACGAGCACUUGACAAGUUGUCAAUCAAUAGAUGACAGACAGUUGACUGAUGGUAACUUAUAUAGUUUAACAGUAUGUUUUGCAAGCAACUGACUGGUGACCAGCAGACAAUUCUCAGACUGGUGGUCAACCAACUGGGUACUGAAGUUUAACCAAACAGCGGUUGAUGUUUCACAAGCAAUUGACAGGUGACCAAUGGACGAUCUCAGACGACUGGUCAACUAAAUGGUGACACACAGUUGGCAUUGAGUUGGUAACUUAUAUAGUUUAACAGUAUGUUUUGCAAGCAACUGACUGGUGCCCAGCAGACAAGUCUCAGACUGGGGUUCAACUGACAGGUGAUUGGUUGGUUGACUCAUGGUUACUGAUGUCUUGCAAGCAACUGACUAGUUGCGACUGGUGACCAAUGAAUGAAUGAUUCAGAUUGUUGGCCAGCCAACUGGAGACUGAUGGUUGACCGAAGGUAUCUGAAACUGACUGGUGAUCAACACAUGAGACCAACAGCUGACUAGUGGUCAGCCAACGGGCAACCAGACUGUUGACCAAAGGGCGACUGACAUCUAACAAGUGAUUCACGGACUAGUGACAGACUGGUGGUCAACCGACAGGCGACCAGACGGCUGACCAAUGGUAACUGAUAUCUUGCAAGCAACUGACUGGUUACCAACAGAAGGGUCACUUCCUGUUGGUCAACCCGCAGGUGACAGAUGGUUGACCAAAAGGUGACUGACAUGACAUGUGGUUGAAUGGUAACUUUUUAUUGACCUAUUGGUUAACCAGCAGGCAACCAAAGAGAAAAUGAGCAGGUGGCAACUGAAUAGGUGACUCAAGGGCGACCGAAAGAUGCAUGAAACGCAAGGUGCCCAACGAAUGACUGACCAUUGAAUAACUUAGUCGCAACAGAUGGGUGACCAGUCCGUGACAGACUGUUGACUCAUGGGUUGACCAAGGGGCAACCAAAACAGCAACCAUAGAGCAAAUGAUCUUUGACGUACUGGUACUGUGUGUGUCACCCGGUGAGCAGCAACAAACGAGUUGUGAUUCUUCUGCGGUAUUGACAGGGACAAAAAGCUCAGGAAGUGACAUUUAAUCUUGCACUUGUGUACAUUUGCAGACAUAUUUUAAUGUCAUUGAAAAGAGCGCCUGGGUGGCUGUAAAUGUGAUUUCUUUUGGGCGGGCUGUGAAAUCCUUAAACCACACAAACUUGAGGUCCUUUGCAAUUUCUUUGGGUUGUUCCGAGUGCUCCAAACCACGCUAACUUGCGUGGCUUUGCAGUUUCUUUGGGCGGGUUCUGUAAUUUCUAAUGCCAUGCAAAAACAUGACUUGCUUUCUGACCUGGACCAAAAUCUGCCAUAGGUGUGUUUAUUUGUUUGUUUGUGAGCAGGUUACCAAAAGAGUAUUUUGAAUACACUGUAAAGCUGUACAUAACUCUAGAGUAAUAUUUAAAAGAUGUUGUGGUGGACAAAAUAAUAAUGGCCUUUUUGUAAGUAUUUCCAUGAAUAAAAGUCUCUAUUUUACACUGUGAACGGCCACCGUCUUAAUAAAGCCUCGCUAAAUAUGUGAACCUUGCUGUCUUUUUG